UCACUGACUUGCGGCUGCCGCUCGGAGAGGUGGGCAUUGUUGCGGCCGCCUGGGGAGCUGCGGGCCACCGGCCACAGUCCCAGGCUGCGCCCCCGGCACCCAACCGCCCGCUCCGCUGGCCUGGCGCUAGUGCGUGGCGGGCGCCAUGGCGACGGCGGCUCGGGCAACAAGCGGCCGCGCGGUUGGCUGGCUGCGGGGGCCGAGGGGAGGGCGGAGGCGGAGGGGAGGGCAGAGGGUUGGCGGAGGGGAAGAAGCUCCGGACGCCGCCUCGGAGGAGGAGGAGGUGGAGGCGGAGGCGGGCGGCCGGGCCCAGGCCCCUCCCAGGCGGCAAGUCUCCGGCUGCAGGCGGAUGGAUGGGGCGUCUUCAGGCGGUGGUGGCAGCAGCGCGGGCGGCGGAGGGCGCAGCGGCAGCGGCUGUAAGUGGGGGCGGCCCCGGCCUUUCUCCCCUCCUCCUCCCGCGCGGGUGUGGGGCGCCCAGAGUCGUUCUCAGCCCCUUGGGCGGCGUCCCCUCCCCCACCGCGGAACGCCGCCCGGAAGACUCUGCACUUCCGGGGCGGGGCUUCUUCGGGACGCGCGGGGGGGGGGCCCGGGGCGCAUGCGCAGCGCCUGUGCCGCCCGACACCUCCCGGCCGCCGUCGUUCUCCCUUCGCGGUGGCGGCGGCGGCGGUGGCUGCUGCGGCGGCGGUGGAAGCAGCAGCGGCGCGGGGCUUCCCGGCGUCCGCGGCUCGCUGGGAAUCCGCUGCGGAAUGGUGUGGUGGCUCGAUUCUCCCAGUGCCUGGCUGAGUUUCGGACGUGGUUAAGAACCAACUGGUUGAGGUUCAAUGCAAACAAGACGGAUGUGAUGCUGAAAAUGUGCAUCAGAUGUUUAUGUUUAAUUGGUUUACAGACUGUCUGUGGACUCUUUUCCUGUCAAUUUACCAGCCAUCUGUUGAAUCUUCAAGUCCAGAAAUGGAUGACAUAUUUCACUACCCUUGAAAGUACAGGAGGUUCAGCAACAUCAGAUGACCAUGAAUUUGAUCCAUCAGCUGACAUGCUGGUUCAUGAUUUUGAUGAUGAACGAACAUUAGAAGAGGAAGAAAUGAUGGAAGGAGAAACAAACUUCAGUUCUGAAAUAGAGGAUCUUGCAAGGGAAGGCGACAUGCCAAUUCAUGAACUUCUCAGCCUUUAUGGUUACGACAGUACUGUCCGACUACCUGAAGAGGAUGAGGAAGAGGAGGAGGAGGAGGAGGAAGGGGAAGAUGACGAAGACGCCGAUAAUGAUGACCACAGUGGCUGCAGUGGAGAGAAUAAGGAAGAGAACGUAAAGGACUCAUCCGGUCAGGAGGAUGAAACGCAGUCUUCCAAUGACGACCCGUCGCAGUCUGCUGCUGCUCAAGACGCGCAGGAAAUGAUCCGCCCACGCAGGUGUAAAUAUUUUGACACAAACAGUGAAAUAGAAGAAGAAUCUGAAGAAGAUGAAGAUUAUAUUCCAUCAGAAGACUGGAAAAAGGAGAUAAUGGUGGGCUCCAUGUUUCAAGCAGAGAUUCCAGUCGGCGUGUGUAGAUACAAAGAAAAUGAAAAGGUGUACGAGAACGAUGACCAGCUCCUGUGGGACCCCGAGUACCUGCCAGAAGACAGAGUGGUUGUGUUUCUCAAGGACGCGUCCAGAAGGACAGGUGAUGAGAAGGGCGUGGAGGCCAUCCCUGAGGGCUCACACAUCAAAGACAACGAGCAGGCUCUGUACGAACUGGUUAAGUGCAGUUUUGAUACGGAAGAAGCACUGAGGAGGUUACGGUUUAAUGUGAAAGCAGCCCGAGAGGAAUUGUCUGUCUGGACAGAGGAAGAAUGCAGAAAUUUUGAACAAGGGCUGAAGGCCUAUGGAAAAGAUUUUCAUUUGAUUCAGGCUAACAAAGUCCGAACAAGGUCGGUUGGGGAAUGUGUAGCAUUCUAUUAUAUGUGGAAAAAGUCUGAACGCUACGAUUUCUUUGCUCAGCAAACACGAUUUGGAAAAAAGAAAUACAACCUUCAUCCUGGUGUAACGGACUACAUGGACCGGCUCCUGGAUGAGAGCGAGAGCGCCGCCUCCAGCCGGGCUCCAUCCCCGCCGCCCACAGCCUCCAACAGCAGCAGCAGCCAGUCGGAGAAGGAGGACGCCGCCCAGAAUGGUGUGUCAUCAAAUGGACCGGGAGACACAGCAAGCAGAGAGGAAGGCAAGGGCGAGGGGCCGCACGUCAACGGGCCUAUGGGCGGGCACAAGAGGCCACCGCCCGCGGAGACGGACACCAACGGCUAUGAGGCCGAGCGCCUGGGCGCUGACCCCAAGCUCGCACACCUGGCGGCGAGGGGCGAGGGGGACCUCGAUGAUAGAAGCGAGAGGCCCACCAAAAAGCGGAGGGUGAACAGCAGUGGAAAGGAGAGUCCGGGCUCGGUGGAAAUCUUCCAGGAAGCUGCGCCACGCGGGAAGGCAGAGGGGCUGGAGGGCGCAGACGACUGAGCCACAGCUGCUCGAGUGACUCUGUGACUGCAACUUUCAGGGCUGACGGGUGACCUUCUGGGCUGAGUGCCUCAGAGCCGGGGCUUAACCACGAAAAUGGUAAUGGGUGAUUCUGAGAAGUGAGAUUUCAUAAUUCUGCCUUUAUGAGUUCUUUUACUUCAAAACUGGCAGACCCUUUUAAGGAUAUUUUUUUAAAAGUUUAGUAAAUUUGAACAAGUUAAAGAUAAAUGCAUACCUUUUUAUUACCCUGUCAUAAGAUUUCACUACAAGAUAAAUUUUCCUUGAUUUGAUACAGAGCAAUGGAAAAGGUUCAGAUCUGUUUGGCACCAGUUCUGAUUCCCUGCGGUGUCUGAUAGACACGCUUCGAUCUGCAGUCAGUGUGGUUACUAAGGAGAAACCCUCAGGAAUCCUGAAAGUUAUGCUGGCAUGAUUUUUUAUAUAUAGAAGUUUAAAAAUAAACCAAGUCAGGUUUGUAUAUGUAAAAUUGUUGACAUCAAUGAUGUCUUUCCAUAUUCUUAUCUGGGCUCAAGAAAUACAUUCUGUAUUUUUCCAGAUUCUCUGUAGCCUUUGAAGGAUUUUUACAAGUACAUAUGUCUGACUGAGCUGUCCUUUCUGAACACAAAAAGCUUGUAUAAUUUUCUUAACUUGUACAGUUGGUAAACUUUUAUGAGAGGAGUUGAUAUUCCGAGUCCGUCAGCUUCCAUUUUAUUUUGCUAAGGUUUUUCUAAUGAAUUUUUAAGUGUUUGUGUAGUUAACUAAGUCAUGUUUCUUAUCCAGAUGGUAAAAACAUUCAUAAGGGAUUGUGAAAAUUUUUUUCAAAUUUCUACCUAAGGACAAAUAGUUUGAGAAUUCUGAAUUAAGCAUGAUUCUUAGAUUUACUGUUUUGCAUUUAUUCUAAUUUUCAAAAUUAACUUUUGAAGCAGAACAAAGGUUUACUGUCCAGCUUAAGUGCUUACGUGUGUCACGCUGCCCAGACUCCUGUUGGGUUGUGUUUAUAUGCAUCAUGAAUGCUUCCAUUUUUGCAUCAGACACCAGAAGCAAGGCUGGGUGAUACCCGGACCCUGGCCCAGGCAGAGAGCCACUUCUGGUGGCAGCACCCUGAGUCUAGGAGGGGAGCGGCAGAGCUGAUGCUGGCUGACCUUGCCGGUCACGGCCCAGUCUAGGUUGAUGACGAUCUCCCACGAUGAGAGAGCAGCAGUGACCACUGGGGCACAGCCUGUGAAAAGGGGUUUAUCUGCAGUGCAGUUCUUGUUACAGAGCCUAGUUUCACCCAGCUGCUAGCCCAGCCCAGAUCCAGAUCUUUGUAAAAGGUGGUUCUUUUCUCACACAGACACGCAGGGACGUGGCCCUCGGCUCCGCCUGCGGUCCUGUUUGCCGUGGCUGGGGGUGUUGGCAGCUGGGUGGAAGGCAGUUGACACUGAGAGGUGACAUUCGGGCCUCCACCUGCCGAGGCUGCUUCUUCCUUCUGGUGGCUCCUUUUCCCCAGCACUGGCACCCGGGAUGUGUGCACUGUGGUUGCCUGAGUGUUCAGGACUCAGGGUCUGGGGUGUUGUGUGGAGAAGCAGGAGUUUGUUGUUGUGUGUUUUUCUUCAAACAUUAGUUUAUCCAGAAGGCAGCUUUAGCAGACAUCCCCACGCGUUUUCUGAAUUAGAUCUUAGUCAGGAGAGCACCCCAGCUCUCCCUCCCAGGUGGUCUGGAGAAGAGGGGAUGCCAUACUUCUUACACUGUUGCAAUAUGAAAGAUACCCUUUCCACCUUUUUGAAAGAUGUGUUUUGUUUGCUGGUUUGUGAAAGUUUUUGCAAACCAUCGAUACAGGAACAUUUUAAGUAAAUUCUCAGGCAUGUUUGCAAAUAGCGGCACAUGUGUAAAUGUUAGGGAAUUCUGCUUUUAACCCUGUGCAGUCGCAGGGUGAGGGCAUUCCACUGCACGCUGUGGCGAUUGUACUGUGUGUUACGCGGUAUCUCACCGUGUUCUUCAUAUGCAGCAGCCACUGUACCUGGUGAGUCAUUGCACUAUUUAAGGGUCUUAUAAUAUCAUGAAUUUAAUUUGCUUAAGACUCAGUACCUUUCAUAACUCGAACUCGUGACAAACUGCAGCGGGAGGAGCAGCCUGUCCCACGGUCCCUCGGUCACCUCACUGUGACCAGGACGUGCUCUGCUUCCAUCCAGAAUGGGGCUUCUGUUCUCUGAUGUGUUUUCUGAUGGUUUCGUCACCUGCAACUCAGUUCAGCACAACUCUGUUGAGCUUUCACAUGUAUUUGAAGUAAUAUUUAAAUAGACAUUUAAAUAAUGAAUUAGAUGUUUUUAAAUUUAUGCAUAGUAAUUUUGCACUGUAAAAUAUUUUCCUCCUCCCAUUCCCUUCUGCCACUCUGAAUAUGCUUAUUAAACUAUUUUUGUAAACA